UCUUCGUUGUAAACCGUCGUUUUCUUCGUAUAAUGUCUAUACGACGACAUUUCAAAGAAUUCCGGCCGUCUUUCUCUUCAAUGGAGUAAUCGUAAAAUUGCCAAAGCUCAUUUCAAUCUCUUCUGCUGAUUGAGUUCUUUUUUGAGCAGUGAGUUUAUAAUAUGGAUGGGCAUAACAAUACAACCCAGGAGUCGAGCAAGCCCUUUGUGGCGAAUGACAAUUCUUUACGAAACAAUAGGGUUAUCCCUCAGCUACUUACGUCUGUGCCGGCUCUCAAUGAUGCUGCUUCCUAUCUUUCCGAGACGACAUCUUUAUUUACUCGCUGUUUCAUGGAUUUUUCUGCAGAACCUGCCUCCAGAGGCUUAGGAGGCCAGGAGAUGGUUACAUUUGGUUCUGCCGAAAGUAGAGGAUCCCCGGCUUUCAGUACUGCUUCGUCAAGUGGAAGUGAUUUAGCUGUUUAUAAACCAUCCCAAUCAUCUGUUGAUGCUCCACUUCCCCAUGAAGGAUUAAGCAGGACCUUAUCUAGAAAAUCUUCCCAAAGUAGUAAUGCAGCCACAGACUCGGAGGACCUAUCUGAGGGUUCCAGUGCACAGGUUUUAUCAAGGAUUACCAGCCCAAAUGGCAUUUCCAUUUUCCAAGGCCUUAUAGAGAGGGUGAGAAGGACAGUUCGUGGGUCAGCUGAUGAUAUUGGAUGGCUUCAAUGUGCUUCACAUAUGCCUCCGGUUGAAAAUCAAACUGAUAGAUUUAUGGAAAUCAUUGAUGAUAUUAGGCAUGGAUUACAUGGAUUACCAAAUUCAAUGGUUUACUUGUUAGUUCCAGGUCUCUUUAGCAAUCAUGGACCACUUUACUUCGUCAAUACAAAAACAAGCUUUUCAAAAAUGGGGCUCACUUGUCAUAUAGCCAAAAUUCAUAGUGAGGCCUCUGUGGAGAAGAAUGCGAGAGAAAUUAAAGAUUACAUUGAAGAAAUUUAUUGGGGUUCCAGGAAACGUGUCUUGCUUCUUGGACACAGUAAAGGGGGAGUAGAUGCAGCAGCUGCUCUGUCAAUGUAUUGGACUGAUCUGAAAGAUAAAGUUGGAGGGCUGGUUUUAGCACAGAGUCCAUAUGGUGGAAGUCCAAUUGCUUCAGACAUUUUACGAGAAGGACAGCUUGGUGAUUAUGUAAACAUUCGCAAGCUUAUGGAGACCCUCAUCUGCAAAGUAAUCAAGGGGGACUUGCAAGCUUUGGAAGAUUUGACUUAUGAGAGGAGGAAGGAAUUCUUGAGCAAAUACCAUUUGCCAAGGGAGCUUCCUGUUGUUUCCUUCCGAACGGAAGCCAGCAUAUCUCCAGCAGUUUUAGCCACAUUAUCUCGUGUGGCGCAUGCAGAAUUGCCGACAUUUUCCGCUGCCCAACCUGCAGCUACUUUCCCAGUGGUGAUGCCUCUUGGUGCUGUGAUGGCUGCAUGUGCCCAGCUUCUUCAGAUCAGGUAUGGUGAGAAGAGUGAUGGGCUUGUUACUUGUUGUGAUGCAGAAGUCCCUGGCUCGGUGGUGGUUAGGCCAAAACGGAAACUGGAUCAUGCUUGGAUGGUAUAUUCUGAAUUAAAUGAUAAUCCGACGGAGGCUGAUGCAUCUCAAGUUUGUGAAGCUCUGCUGACAUUACUAGUUGAGGUAGGACAGAAGAGAAGACAUGAACUAUCAAACAAAGAUGAAUGAAGCGUAUACAAUAACAUCCCCCGGGCUCUGGAUAUUGAUGCUUAACCAGUUUCCACGAGUUGUUUCAUCCUUCAUGUCAUGCUAUAAUAUGUUCCAAUUGUUUUUGUUAGACAUUCAGGUGAAUAGAAUCUAGAAAAAUAUCACAUGCAUAUCGACUCCCGCCCCUCUUCCCUUUUUCUAUAAUAGGAAAAAGGUGAAGAAAUGUGGCUGGAAAAAGAAGUGAAGAAUGAAGCAAAUUUCUGCAACAUAUAAUAUGUUAAACUGUCAAGAGUCUAUAUUCUGAUAUGCAGAUUUGCUUCAUCUCUCCAAGGUCUCAUGUUUCUUCUUUCCUUGCCCAAUUGUUCUUAGGAGUUGUAAAUUUACUAGGUGAUAGAUUGUGAUCUCGUCUAAAAACUUAGAAUUAUUGUUUUUAACUGCGAAGAAAUGUGAAUUUCGGA